CCCUUACAUUUCAGGGACUGGGGAGUUCCCAUUUUCAUUGCAACAAAAUCUCUGUUAUCAAAAGGUUAUUGUCAUUUUGUGCAAAAAGGGGGUGUUUUUCUAAUCUAUAAGAGUUGUUCUGGUGAUUUAUUGAGUUGAAAAAUGCCGGAUAUUGAGAGACUUGUGAAUGAUUUUGUUGCAAAGCUCAGCAAACGUAAGGUUGAAGGGUCACAAGCAACUUCGCGGCUAACAGCAGAGUUGCUUCGUUCUGUAGUUUCGUUGCAAAGAUUGCCACCUACAAACUCAGCUGCAGUGCUCAUUGAGGCUGUGAGGGGUAUAGGUGUUAAACUGGCUGCUGCCAACCCCGUUGAGCUUGCUGUUGGAAAUAUUGUUAGGCGUGUUCUUCAUAUUAUCCGGGAGGAGGAUCUCUCUCUUUUGACCAGUAAAACGAGCGACUUAGAUUUAUCAGCUGCAAGUGAUGAUGAAGGAACCAUAGACCAGGAUUAUGACCCAACUCAGUCUGCUGCCGCAGCUGCAGCUGCAGCUAAAAGUUUUCUGCGGCCUCCUUCAUUGCAUGCACUUCUGGAGAAUAUGUCGGAUAAAGCUGUACCGAGUAACAAUUACACCUCCUCUUCAGGUGGAGAUUCUGAAGAGAAAAGCAAAGCUGAUAAACUUGCCAGGACUCGGAAGUUAAAGCAUGAUGUCAUUGAGGCAAUUAACAUUCUAAUUGAAGAUAUUGAUACUUGUCAUGAGCUGAUCGCGGAACAGGCAGUUGAGCAUAUUCACCAAAAUGAAGUAAUACUAACACUAGGUAGUUCGAGAACUGCCUUUGAAUUCCUCUGUGCUGCAAAAGAGAAAAAACGGUCUUUUCGGGUGGUUGUUGCAGAGGGCGCACCGAGGUACCAGGGGCAUGCUCUUGCAAAAGAGCUGGUAUCAAGAGGUCUACAAACUAUAGUUGUAACAGAUUCUGCUGUUUUUGCAAUGAUUUCUAGAGUAAAUAUGGUUAUAGUGGGAGUUCAUGCAGUGAUGGCCAAUGGUGGUGUCAUUGCACCUGUUGGAAUGAACAUGGUUGCACUUGCCGCUCAAAAGCAUGCUGUUCCAUUUGUCGUAGUUGCUGGCAUUCACAAGUUGUGCCCUUCAUAUCCACAUAAUCCAGAGGUUUGUCUGAAUGACAUGCGAUCCCCUGCUGAACUUCUCGAAUUCGGGAGAUUUUCGAACUGCAUGGAAUUUGGAAUGGAUAGCGGGGCUCCUCUUCAAGUUGUUAACCCUGGUUUUGAUUAUGUGGCACCUGAGCUUGUCAGCCUUCUCAUCACCGACAUUGGAGGGCAUAACCCGUCAUAUAUGUAUCGUCUCAUAUCAGACUACUACUCAGCUGAUGAUUUUGAUUUGCAAGGGAGGAUACAUAAAUGAAGGUAUCUUUUGGAGAGCUGUAGUUGACUGAUGAAGAGAAGUGGCAACCAAAAAAUCAAAUGGAAUGUGUUAUCUACUUUGGUGGAUAGCUUUAAAUGAGCUUUUUAGCAUAAACACUUUCUGAACAUACUGUACUUUGUUCAGACUAAGUUUUGACUUGUUUAAUGUAAUGUAAUGUGUCAAAGAUGGUAAUAUUAGUUUGUUUCGUUCUUGUUAUAGGUGAAUGUUUAGAUGAACUUUACCUCUUGAA